GUGAUAAAAGGUCCGGGCGGUUCUGGGGGGGUUUACGGUUAACCUGGUUACCAACCCUGCUAAAAAGGCCGUUCAGCAGCGAAGCAUCUAAUUUCUACCAAAGCCAAGGGCCCGCGAGUUCUCAAUCUCAGAACGGCAAAUAUCGCAAUCAGGGCUUUGAACGCGUAGUCGAAAAUGGCUAUGUAUAUUCGUGUAAAGCGUAGCAAGACAACUUACUUUAUCCAGUGUGAUCCAACUGAGACCACUCUAGAUAUUAAGCAGAAAUUGCAUGCCCUAAUUGACCAAGCUGUUAAUGAUCAGCGUCUGAUCUUAGUUGGGACUGGGGAAGUGUUAGAGGAUCCCAAAACUUUGGCAGAUCAGAAGGUUGAAAACGAUGCCGUUGUGGCACUGACCUUGAGAAAAGAUGACAAUGAGUUUGAGGAUGUCAACAUUGUACAACCAAAUGAUUUCUACCAAUCUCGUGAGGCAGACGGUGGCAGUUGGUGAGUCACAGGCCUUCCUUUGAGAAAGAAGUAAACUGAUAUGAUUGGCCAAAGUAUAUUUGCCUGUAAUACUCGAUGUUGGAUAAUCUUUGUGCCAUGAAAUACCAGUUUGGAAGUUUUUAAGUGAAGCUCUCAUGAAGUAGCCUUGAUGAAAAAUAUUUAGGCUUCUCAUAUUAGAACAUAACAUUGUUAACUUUCAAUGGCCAAAAUUUCCAUGGUGCUGAACCUGCUUCUCUCUAUGGUAUUCCAAAGUAACUGUUUUUAUUUGAUUUUAAGUUUAUCUCAAAUUAAUCGUUAUUUUUUUA